AUGUUUUUGCAUGCCGAAUUGGAUGGCCUCCUCGGCUGGCUGUGGUCCUCCUCCUCCUCCUCCUCCUCCUCCUCCUCCUUCUCCUCUCCUCCUCCUCUCCUCCUCCUCCUCCUCCUCCUCCUCCUCCUCCUCCUCCUCCUCCUCCUCCUCCUCCUCCUACAGCCAGAAUUUUCGACAUUUCUUACUUUUUCUCCACUCGGCUGCCAACGGCACAGCCUCGAGUCUGCCGACGCGUCUUUUGGAUGCAUGGCCCUUGUUUGCUUGCUUGCAAGCCCUACGCGAUGGCCCUUAUUUAUUUGCUUGCUUGCAAGCCCUAGGCGAUCCAUCUCGGAGCCAAAACCGCUUCAACGCUCAUCCACGACGGGCCUGAACACGCCAAAAACGCUUCAA